CAUUUCUCCAAUGUGGCUGUGAGAUUUGUGAACGGAUGGUUUAACAUGGGAAAAAUGCUAAAGUCUACAAUGUUUUGGCUUGUGGGAUUAUUUGUGCUUUGGGGAGCCACCAUUGCACCGGCUGCCAUUGAUGGAUUUCAACAACAAAUCCUGAAAGCGUGCAACUUCACUAGAUAUCCUUCCCUUUGUGUUCAAACCAUGAUGAAAUUUGAGAGCACUGGGCAUGAUGAUAAGCAUGUUCAUAUUAUACCUGCUCUUGUUAACAUGACCAUUUCCGAAACCAAAUUGCCUACUUCAUACCCCGCCGAAUUUUCCUCCCAGUUUCCCGAGCUCCAGGAAUCUCAAAGUGUUCGUGCUGUCACAGAUUAUUGUGAAGAGCUCAUGAGUAUGUCUUUGAAACGAUUGGAGAAAUCAGUAUUAGCUCUGAAAGAAUCUCCGAAGAAAAACAAACAUGACAUUCAAACAUGGCUGAGCGCCGCCGUGACUUUCCAGCAAACUUGUAAAGACUCGGUGGAGGGCCUCAAGCUGUCCGGCGAGCUUAAUGAAAAGAUAUCUCAAAAAAUGGAUUAUCUGUCUCAACUGGGGAGUAAUCCUCUGGCCCUUACCAACAGGAUUACUGGGAAUUCAAGGCAAAAAAAUACCGAUCGCCUUCUGAAUGAGGAACAAAUUUUUCCCAACUGGGUAUCCUCUAAAGAUCGGAAACUGCUUCAGGCUCCGGCCAUAAAGGCAAAUGCGGUUGUGGCAAAAGAUGGAACGGGCAACUAUAGAACCGUAGCAGAAGCCAUUAAUGCUGCUUCUGGAAAUCGAUUUGUGAUUUACGUGAAGGCAGGAGUUUAUAAGGAGAAAAUUCACACGAAAAAGAAUGGUAUUACGUUGAUUGGAGAUGGAAAAUAUUCCACUAUUAUUACUGGCAGCAGUAGUGUAGCUGGAGGCUCUUCCAUGCCUGGUUCCGCAACAUUCACAAUCACUGGUGAUGGAUUCAUUGCACGCGAUAUCGGCUUCCAAAACACGGCAGGCCCCGAAGGAAAACAAGCUUUAGCUCUUUACGUCGCCUCCGAUCAUUCAGUCUUUUACAGGUGCAGCAUUGUGGGUUACCAGGACAGUUUAUACGCACUUGCACUUCGUCAAUUCUAUCGCGAUACCGAUAUCCACGGCACUGUAGACUUCAUAUUCGGAAACGCUGCAGCAGUCUUCCAGAACUGUUACAUUGUCCUUCGCCGUCCGAGAGGAGCAUAUAAUGUAAUUCUUGCACAAGGAAGAACCGACCCUGGACAAAACACCGGCUUCUGUUUACAGAAUUGUAAAAUUGCAGUUGGCGAGGAUUUUUCCCAAGUGAAGCAUAACCAUAACUCGUAUUUGGGAAGGCCCUGGAAACGAUAUUCAAGGUCAGUUGUGAUGCAAUCGAAUCUGGACGAAGCGAUCUCACCGAGAGGCUGGAUUGAGUGGCCUGGAGAAGGAGGUUAUGGGAAAACUGUUUACUAUGCGGAGUUCUCUAAUGUAGGCCCUGGAGCUUCAACUUCCCAGAGAGUUAGUUGGCCUGGUUUUCAUGUUAUUGGAGCUGAUGAAGCUGUAAAAUUCACUGUUGGAGAAUUCAUUAAGGGAUCAACAUGGCUGCCUUCUACCGGAGUAACUUUCAUCUCCGGCUUGCGGUGAUUUAAUAUAGUUGAAGUUGAAUCCAAGUAAAUAAAUAAUCAGGUAGAAAUGCCAGACCAAAAAAAAAAAAAUUUAAAUUUUAAAAAGAAUCAUACUAUAUGUAUAACUUUGUGUAUAAAUAACGAUAUAUCACUAUUUAAUUAGAUAAUUAAAAAUUAAAAAUAAAUUAAUAUCCAAUCAUAUGAUAAUAUAUUAUCAUUUAUAUAUAAAAUUGUGCAUAUAAUUUUAUUGUUUUAAAAGUAUUGGAAUACGUUUAUGGACGUGUGUAAUGCCGGUGUCUCUCUGUAUAAUUCAUAAUUUAAUCAAUUGAAUAAUUGAGAAGAUUCUCCCCUUAUUA